GGGGGGACCCGGCUAAGAACGAGAUGAGGAGGAUUAAGGGGAGAAAGGGUUAGAAGCCAGGGAGAGGAGGAGUGAGGCGAAGCCAGCCCGGGAGGUAGGAAAGGCGACACCGGGGUGGGCGUUAGGGAAGCCGGGCAGGGAAUCGGGGUUGGAAGACCAGGGCCGGGAAGGGGGAUCCUGAGAGGGUAGCUGCUAGAGCUGGGGCGUGAAGGGGAGAGCUUCGGGGGCUGGUGUUGGGCGAGGGUCCUGGGGUGAGAGUUGGAAGUGGAGGCGAGGAGGGGCAGAGCUGGGGUAAUAGUUGGAGUAGGAGCGAGAGAGUGAUUAAGAGCCAGACGUGACAAGGGUGUGAACUAGUGCAGAGCGAGAUGAGCUGAAGGAGUAGGACCGGCGGUGCUGUGGGGACGGCUGGCGAGGGCUGAGAGGCAUGGGCUAGGUGGGCACGGGUGUGAAAUCCGGGACGUGCGGGAAGGCAGCUGAGACCCUGGACUCGAACCCGGUGGAGUUAGGAAUGAGAGCGUGGCGGGCGGGCGAGCACGAAUAGGGACGAGAAAUGGGCGUUUAUAGGACAAUUCGGGGACCUGAAAAGCGGAAAGGAGACUAGAGGCGGUGUAAAAAGUGAUGGCGGUCUGGGACAAGGGCAACUGGGGAAUUGGGUUAAUUGAGAAGGUUCAGCCAGAUCCAAGGUAAACACAGCGAGGCGAGGAGAGAGGACUAAAGAAAAUGGUGAGAGGGCCAAGGAAGAGAUGGGCCCCAGAAUUUAAAGGAUGAGAAAGGGAGGAAGGGCAGGGCAGGGGGUUAGGGAAGCUGGGGGAGUCCCGGUGGGUGUAGAACUGGAUAGACCGCACAGGCCCGGAAUCGAGUGUGCGUGCUGUGAGGGGGUGCCCCACUAGGUCUGCAUGGGUCAGGGCACAAGUGCUCUAGCCAAGGGUCAAGUGUAGGGAGCCCCUGGUGCAGAAGAGGAGGAACCAUGAUUCUUUGGAUGGAAAGAGGCCUUGGAAGGAUGUGUAGUUUACCCUGCAGCUUCAGUCAAUAUCCCACUUAAGUCAUCCCAGGCAAUAGAGAAGAGGAAACCCAACCAAUGACUGUGGAAUAAUAUGGAAGAAGAUGGGAAAAAGUUGUUAAAUGGGGUGAGCGAGUGGCGACUGCUCUGAGACAUGGAUAGAUGCAAACAUGUAGGGCGGUUACGGCUCGCCCAGGACCACUCCAUCCUGAACCCUCAGAAGUGGUGCUGCCUGGAGUGCGCCACCACCGAGUCGGUGUGGGCUUGCCUGAAGUGCUCCCACGUGGCCUGUGGCCGCUACAUCGAGGACCACGCCCUGAAACACUUCGAAGACACCGGACACCCUCUGGCCAUGGAGGUGCGGGACCUCUACGUGUUCUGUUACCUGUGCAAGGACUACGUGCUCAACGAUAACCCGGAGGGGGACCUGAAGCUGCUGCGAAGCUCCCUCCUGGCCGUGCGGGGCCAGAAGCAGGACCCCGCCGCCCUGCCUACCUCACGCCGGGCGCCCCCCGCUCCGCUCAAGCCGCGCCGCCAGCCGGCCGUGGCCCCGGGCGUCACGGGCCUGCGCAACCUGGGCAACACCUGCUACAUGAACUCCAUCCUCCAGGUGCUCAGCCACCUCCAGAAGUUCCGCGAGUGUUUCCUGAACCUGGACCCUUCCAAGACGGGACACCUGUUUCCCCAGGCCCCCAACGGGAAGGCCCAGCUGGCUGGCAGGCCGGCCUCCGAGCUGACCAGCAGGAGCGACAGGGCCCAGGCUUGCCAGCGCGGGGGCGGCGGGGUCUCCAUCAGCAGGAGCCUGGAGCUCAUCCAGAACAAGGAGCCCAGCUCGAAGCACAUUUCCCUCUGCCACGAACUGCACACCCUCUUCCGAGUCAUGUGGUCCGGGAAGUGGGCCCUGGUGUCGCCCUUCGCCAUGCUCCACUCGGUGUGGAGCCUCAUUCCCGCCUUCCGCGGCUACGACCAGCAGGACGCACAGGAAUUUCUCUGCGAGCUGCUCCACAAAGUGCAGCAGGAACUCGAGUCGGAGGGCGCCGCGCGCCGGAUCCUCAUCCCCUUCUCCCAGAGGAAGCUCACCAAACAGGUCUUAAAGGUGGUGAACACCAUAUUUCAUGGGCAGCUGCUCAGUCAGGUCACGUGUGUAUCAUGCAAUUACAAAUCCAAUACCAUUGAGCCCUUUUGGGAUCUGUCCCUGGAAUUCCCUGAACGCUAUCACUGCAUAGAAAAGGGAUUCGUCCCUUUGAAUCAGACGGAGUGCCUGCUCACUGAGAUGCUGGCCAAGUUCACAGAGACAGAGGCCCUGGAGGGGAGAGUCUACGCGUGUGACCAGUGUAACAGCAAACGACGAAAAUCCAACCCCAAACCCCUUGUUCUGAGUGAAGCUAGAAAGCAGUUAAUGAUCUACAGACUACCUCAGGUCCUCCGGCUGCACCUUAAAAGAUUCAGGUGGUCUGGCCGUAAUCAUCGAGAGAAGAUUGGGGUCCAUGUCGUCUUUGACCAGGUAUUAACCAUGGAACCUUACUGCUGCAGGGACAUGCUCUCCUCUCUUGACAAAGAGACCUUUGCCUAUGAUCUCUCCGCAGUGGUCAUGCAUCACGGGAAAGGGUUUGGCUCAGGACACUACACAGCCUAUUGCUACAACACAGAGGGAGGUUUUUGGGUCCACUGCAAUGACUCAAAGCUGAAUGUAUGCAGUGUCGAGGAAGUGUGCAAAACCCAGGCCUACAUCCUUUUUUACACUCAGAGAACAGUGCAGGGCAAUGCAAGGAUCUCAGAAACCCACCUCCACGCUCAGGUGCAGUCUGGCAACAACAAUGAAGGCAGACCACAGACACUCCCCUGAAUGGGAGGCGCAUAUUGAAGACUGUCGUGCUUUUGAACUGUUGGUGUCCAUCUUUCCUCUCGUGCAGGAAGUAAGGCUUACUGCAGGGACAGAUGACUAGGUCUGCUUCACUGGGUCUAGAGUAGAAGGUGCCAGGUGGUUCACGUCUUGUAAAAUCUGUAGUCACUUUCUUUUGAAUGGAUUUGGAAAUUUCCUCCUUUCAUAAAACCAAUCAAAAGGAGUAACUUCUAUGAAGAUUCUUUCAUCAGUUGCUUCUGAACAGAGAGGGAUCUGGGUGGAGGAAGGAGGGAGUAAACUGGUUCUAUCCACCAGGAGAGUGCCAUGUUUUCUUUCCAUUAUAUGAGCGUCCUGCUAAUCAGGACCUCCUUGCAGCACGGGAAGAACCCUCCUGACGUGAGCAGCCCUGGACAGAGCCAUGAAGAGGGCCCUUAGGCUGGCAGCUUGCCAGAUGGGAGUGGUUCCAAGGUGGGAGGUCGGUCUAAGGCUGCAUUCCCACAAAGGAAGUAACCCUCAAGGGCAGAAGCUUCC